GCCGCCAAAGCUUUGAAAGUUCCCGCCAACGGUUCACAUGCUUCUCGCUCAUUUUGGGUUUAUUAUUACAAGGCAGAGCCAAGUAUCUGGAUCAAAGGAGAGAAGAUAGAAGAGUUUGAGACCAAAACGGCACUACGAAGCUUUGUCCUCCUUCUUCUAAGGCUUUGCUCUUGUAUAAUAUCUGCCAGUGUGUCUAUCUAG